UUCGAAAAUCGCUGAGAUUGGAGGGUUCCUCUGUGGACCUCCGCCCCGGGUCCCAGGCUAGAGAAACUCCGACUUGUCAUAUAACCUUCAAGUUCCCAAACUCUUGUUGACCUUUCUUUCUACCCGUACGAACUUUGUACCAUGACUUACAGACUGCGGUCGCGCAAGAACCGUUUCUCUCAGACAGAGCGAGCUGCCCACCAAGAGCUAUUAUUAGCGGGAAGAGCAAACAUGACUGGGCUUCCUGUUCUGCCAAACGAACUUCUUGAAAUACUUUCCUACUGGCCCUCGAUUCCAAUUCCCGCCAAAAAUCGACGCGUUUUCUCCGAAAAAUAUAUGCCGCGCUUCGGCGCUCUGCUGGCACUUUCUCAGACUUGUCGCUCACUUCGGAACGUCUUCCUGCCACUUCUCAUCCUGCCUUGGGAGAAAGAGGUUGCCACUGAGCUUGUUCGACAGCUUGAGGUGGUAACUAUUAGGGACCCUUACCCUCGCGGUAUUUGUGGAGUAGGAUCACCUAAGGCCUUCUAUGAAUCUUUCGAUAAAUGCGUGUUCACCACUGUCAAAACGCUGGUUUUCCCUCCGAAUGGUUACACUAUCUUGUCGUGUUGCCCCGAAGUACGGAAAGUAGCUUGCACCACUAGAACUGAAUCAAUGGGUGGUAUAAUCAAGACGAUGAUCAAAUCCUGUCAACAGAUUGAAAGCCUCGACACCAUGACGCGAAAGAUGAAGGGGAUACGUGACUUCCGUGCAAUUAACCUUUGCAGCUCGCAUAUGACGAUGAUACCUAAAUAUCAUGUUCACAAGCACCCAAAGGCCUUGCAUGAUAUAGUAGAACACGUCAAAAAGAUCCUUCAGGAUAUUCCGGCCAGAGAGAACGAAAUGAAGACCCUCGUCGUCGAUUUUCGGGACAAAAGAAGGAUGUAUAGGGCGAAGGGCAUUCAUCCGCUUGUUUAGCUCUUCCUUUUGUGAUAUAUAUAUAUAUACAGGAUAAGGUACCUUUCUCCCGUAUUUAGGAUCCGCGGUGUUCUUGCUGCGCCACAUAUCGCCACAUCGUGUCAUGGCCUUGGUUGCUGUACGGAAUCCAUUGUCCCAUCACCACCUUGGGAUUAAGCGCUUUGACCUGGAAAUUUUCCGAAGGUGGAGCAGCCGUAAAAGUGACUUGUCCCCUCGUUACAUGACAAGGCAUGGUGCCAUGCUGUUCUUCUGGCGAGAGUCAUCAUGGCGCAGCAUACACCAUUAGUAUCAACCUUCAAGUUGACGCGAGACCGGCAUUUUAACUCGACCUUGCCUCGUUGCUAGAGAAACCGGUGUGGAGACCAUGGACCGCCUUCGUCUAAGGGCCUC